AUGAGGCAGCCGGGGACGAGGCGUGCGAGUCUCUCUGCCGGCCUGAAAACAGGGGCUCGCCGGGGCUGGUGCCGGACGCCGGAGGAGGAGGAGGCCCACAUCCCGUUUGCGCAGGACAGCCUGGUAAGGCAAUGGAGCUCCCUGCAGGACGUGACAGAUGGAAGCCAGGAGAAAAGCCCGACUCCCGUCCAAAGGAACAAGUACCUGCUCAACAUUAACGUGGGUGGCAAACUGUUCCAGAUAGCUUGCAAGGUAGCAGCUCGGUACCCGGUCACCAGGCUGGGGAAGCUGGCCCUGCACACAGACCCGAUGAAGAAGCUGCAGCUCUGCGAUGACUACUCGGUGCAGAAGAACGAGUAUUUCUUUGACCGAGAUCCUUCAAUUUUCCACUACAUCUUCCACUUCUACCGCAGCGGGGUCCUGUGGAUCAUGGAUGAGAUGUGCCCCAGUAACUUUGUGGAGGAAAUCGAGUACUGGGGAAUCCAUCUGAAAUACUCCCAGCGCUGCUGCCGGAUCCUGUUUGAGGAAAAGCAAGAUGAACUCAGCGAGUACCUGAAAAUACAGAAGGAGCUGGAGGCAGAACUGGAGCCCCUGGACUCAGUGGAGCAGUUUGAGGGCAAAUUUCUGGGAUGGUUUCGGAAGAUGAUCUGGAACCUCAUUGAGAAUCCGUACUCUUCUGUCCCAGCCAAGAUCAUUGCUGUCAUGUCGAGCUUCUUUGUGCUCGUCUCCAUCGUGGGCAUGACACUGAGCACAGUGGAGGAGAUGAAACACAAGACAGGGAAGAUGUGGAUGGAGCAGCUGGAGAUGAUCUGUGCCAUCUUCUUCACCUCCGAAUACCUCAUGCGGCUCAUAUCUUCCUCCAGCUUCAAGAACUUUUUGCGGGCAGCGUUUAAUGCUGUAGACCUGGUGGCCAUCUUGCCCUUCUACAUCCAGGUCCUCUUCGAAAAUCUGGACGAAGGGGACACGCUUUACCAUGAGGAACUGCACAAGGUGGAGAGCGUGAGCAAGCUGGGCAAAGUCCUCAAGCUCAUCAAGCUGAUGAGGAUCUUCCGCAUCCUCAAGCUAGCACGUCACUCCACCGGCCUCCGGGCCUUCGGCUUCACCAUGCGCCAGUGCUACCAGCAGGUUUGCUGCCUCCUCCUCUUCAUCGCCAUGGGGGUCUUCACCUUCUCCGCUCUCAUGCACUCGGUGGAACAUGAUGUCCCAGGCACCAACUUCACCAGCAUCCCCUACGCGUGGUGGUGGGCAGCGGUCAGCCUCUCCACUGUGGGCUACGGGGACACUGUGCCCGACACGGUGCUGGGCAGGGUGGUGGCGUUCGGCUGCAUCUCCUUUGGCAUCAUCCUCAACGGCAUGCCCAUCUCCAUCCUCUACAACAAGUUUUCUGACUACUAUGCCAAGCUGAAGGCCCACGAGAACGAGACCGGCCACUCGCUCAAGCUCUCCAGGAGGCUCCGCUUGAAGGAGCGAGUCCUGCGGAAGCUGUCGGAGUGCUGCAGAGCCGAGCCCCGCUGUCGCCACUGA